ACCCCCCCCUCCUCCUCCGACUUUGAACCCCUGCGUAAGUCGACCAAGAGCAUUGAUUUGCUGGGAUAUGCACUGAACCGCAGCCUUGGAUGGAUGGGGGUGCGCAGACAAAAUAUCCCUCAUAUGGCCCACACCCAACAUUCCAACCCCCCAUUCUUUACAUACACAUGCAUACAUGCAUACUUGCACGUCGUGUGAAUACAGUACUGUAUGAUUGAUACUUGUAGCUUCGACUAUUACGUGGUAAUGCUUUGAAUCCUCCUCCUCCUCAUCAUUUGGUCCUCUUGCCUUCUCUUCAUCCUUCAAACUCUCCAUGGUUUGCUAUCAGGGACACCGAUGACGAUUCCUACAAGGACGGCGGACUGACUGAGGCGAGACACGGUGAAAGCAAACACAGCCACGGCCAGACAAAGCACGCACCGACAACCCACAGACAUUUGCGCAAUCGAAAGUAAAAAGAACCUUUCCCACCCUCCGUACAGCCGGUUGGGCGCGGCUGUUAUUGAUCGAUUCCAGCUAGAACCAAAAGAAUUGGUAAUAGUAAUCAUAAAAUACCGCACCCAGCUCGUCAACAGUGUUCCGUUUUUGACCGCUUUGUCCUCGGGAAGCGUCGCCGUCGCCCGUGGGCAAAGCGAAACUAGGGGGCAUUAGCAGCUUUGAGUGGCUCGCUCAUGAAUGUUCCGAUUGAGCUCAUCGAAACCGAGGUGCCAACCUACUGUUCUUACUAAAAUUAACCCAAGUCGUGCUCCACUCGAUAGUAUGUUCCCAUGUACCGAUGCAAUUCAAUACAGCUGGUGAAGCUACCUAGCGGUGGCGAUAAGAUAAGCCCUGUCGGCCAGUCAGCAACCAGUCAGCAGCGACCUCCCUGGGCACCAUCAUUGCACCCGUCAUUCUCCAAGCAACGAAUAUUCAACAAAAAUAUCGCUUGUUGGUCCCCUUCUUUUGCUUCUCUGCAGCUUCUUCCGUUAGUUAGAGGGGCAUUGCUGUUAUUUUUAGUCGUUCAAUACCUUCCUCAUCCCUCCCAUCCUAGGACGGGUGGUUGUUGGGUCAUUGGAGUCACUAGACCGUCUUCCGUGCUCGUUCCUAACCGCUUCACCCUUCCAUCGUGUUUGGCAUACCGCCUCACGGCCGAUUAUUACCGCAAAGCACGUAGGGUGCUGUUCCAGCCCGUUACACGAUGCACCCACUCAUCCAUCCUCGAUGCGAGCGUGGGGCGGUCGUCCGGCUUUGCAUAUGAUACCGCAUUGUACAUACAUAUGUACCUGUCACCAUAG